UUGUCUUUCUGACACCACGGCUGAAAAUGGGAUUUACCAGGCAAAGGUAUCUGAAAAUAAUCUCCAUCUUUUCGGUCACUGUAACAGUGCCCUUCCUCUUACUGAAUUCUCAGAAGGACAAAUGCUCUGAAAAGGCAAAACAGGACCUGAGUCACUUACUAAAGCAGAAUGUUGGAGAACUUCAGGCUUGCUCUGCUAUCAUUAAAGGAGACAUGGACGGGGUGGACAGUGGAUACUUAGGAAAGCUCCUGGAGUCCAAAAAAAGAACGUCCUUGUUGUCCGAGUCCUUCUAUAUUAAUUCAACCAAAGACUGUCAGGAGUUCGUCCGAGACAGUGGAUUUAUGACUGUAACUCUCAGUGAAGAGGAGAAAGAUUUUCCCAUUGCUUACUCCAUGGUGAUCCAUGAGAAGAUCGAGAUGUUCGAAAGGUUGCUCAGAGCUGUUUACGCUCCGCAGAAUGUGUACUGUGUUCACGUAGACCAAAAGUCUUCGGAGGUCUUCAAAGAAGCCGUCAAGGCCAUCGUGUCUUGUUUGCCCAAUGUUUUUGUGGCCAGUAAACUAGAAAGCGUGGUCUACGCCUCCUGGUCUCGAGUUCAAGCGGAUGUCAACUGCAUGCAGGAUCUACUUAAAUCCCCCGUUCAGUGGAGAUAUCUGCUCAACACCUGCGGCACUGAUUUUCCUAUUAAAACGAAUGCGGAAAUGGUGCGGUCCAUGAAACAUCUCAACGGGAAGAACAGUAUGGAGUCCGAGGUCACAAGUGAACACAAAAAAGCCCGUUGGAUGUAUCAUCACAACGUCACCAAUGUGGUGAGGCGGACAGACGUUAAAAAGACGGCCCCGCCAAUAAAGUCACCCAUGUUCUCUGGAAGCGCUUACUUUGUGGUUUCAAGAGAAUUUGUAGAACAUAUUUGCAAAAGCAAAGAGAUUCAAGAAUUCAUGGAGUGGGAGAAAGAUUCGUACAGCCCGGAUGAGCACAUGUGGGCUACGUUACAAAGAAUGCCUUCAGUGCCUGGAUCCAACCCUCCAAACAGUAAAUACGAGCAGUCGGACAUGAACGCACUCGCUCGUCUGGUGAAGUGGAGUUACCUUGAAGGCGAUCUGAAAAAUGGGGCUCCUUACCCACCAUGCACUGGGAUACACAGACGGGCAGUGUGCGUCUAUGGAGCUGGCGACUUGAGAUGGAUUGUCAGGCAAAAGCAACUUUUAGCAAACAAGUUUGACCCUGAAGUAGACGACGUUGCAAUCAAAUGCAUGGAGGCUUUUUUGAGAUACAAAGCUGUUUAUGGACAAUCAUUAUUAACAGUGCAAAAAUCAGACAUUUUUUUAUGA